AUGCCACGUGAUGUUCGGAGGAUGGCCCGCCUCCACGAGUCCCUCCCGUCUGCUCUUGUCUGUUCUGGUCCGAAUCCCGGCCGGGAUGUAUUGCAGGGUAGGCGAUCUAUCGACUUUGCGGCAAGACACAAGCAAUCUCUCGUAUGUCGUGGGAAAAGAUUCAGUAACCGUAAAUCUGCAAGGGACUUUCCAUCUCCCCGAACCGUCCAACCAACAAUUUCCGAAAGGCCAAAACCCGAAAUACCACUGUAUUCGUGGCGGCCGCAGCCAGAUCUCGAUGCGGACGAGACCCAGGACCCUGACAUCAGCAAGCAUGGCCAUUCACCACGCUUCAUCCAUGCCGACAAGUACCGCGACUUCGCGAGUACCGCUGGGCGGACGCCUCUGUCUCUCAUCAGGGAAACUGGAGGCAACAAUGUGUGCCUGUGGCCCGUAUUCCCACACAAAACUGCGUUUUUUCCUCCCACCUCGAUGCUUGAGUCGGACGAAGAUGAGCCUUCUGGAAAGUGA